AUGAGUAAUAAUAACAAUAAUAUUUGUAAGAGAUUGAAAAAGGAAGAAUUAUAUAAAGCUAAAUGGAUUGCUUUGAAUCAGUUGACAUUCUCUGACCCUAAUGGAAAAGAAAGAUUGUGGGAAACUGUCGAUAGAACCACUAGAGUUGGAGAGGUUGAUGGUGUAGAUAUCAUUGCAUUGGUUACGAAAGAAGAUCAGAAAAAGUAUAUUGUUUUGACCGUUCAGUAUAGACCACCUGUAGAUGCAAUGGUUAUUGAGUUCCCUGCAGGUCUCAUUGACCAAGAUGAAACCGCGGAGCAAGCUGCAAUCAGAGAGUUGAAAGAGGAAACAGGUUAUACAGGUGAACGAGUUGAUAGUAUAUCUUCUAUAUUGGCAUUAGAACCGGGUUUAUCUUCAGCAAACGCACAAAUCUGUACUAUAAAUGUAAUGUACACAUUUCCACAUCCAUCUAUAGCUAAACCAAAGCAACAUUUGGAGGAUGGUGAAUUCAUUGAGGUCAUUGUAGUUCCUCUCAACAAUUUAUUAGAUACAUUACAAAAUUUAACAAAGAAAUAUCACAAGUGUAUCAUUGAUGCAAAAGUCUAUACAUUUGCAUUGGGUAUGAGUAUUAAGGUAUAA